UAUAUUCAACAACCCUAUUGCAAAUGCCAAAUUCUUUUUAUUAAAGAAUUUUGCGACAUUCACUGCAGUUGCAGCUGUCGCAAUGUCAAACGUGGAGAUCUACGAUACGUCCAACUCCGAGUUAAGCAGCGACGAAUACAGCCACGAGGAGGACGACGACGCUCUAAUGGAGGCAGCGGUCAGCAAGCAAGCCAGUCCCGGUAACUCGACAAUAAAGGCGGGAGCGGACGUCGACCCGGGUGCAGUUGCCAAACCCAAGUCGAAGCCCUCCGAGAAUCCCAACGAUGAAAGUGUGACAACAGCGGAUGCCGCUGAAAAGGAGAAGAUAACCGAAGACGCUCCUGUGGUGAUGCCAGAAUCGCCCUCCACGACGGCCGAAAAAAUUCGACAAUUCCGGUUAUGGCAGUCCACACCCCUCCGUCUGCCUUCUAUUUAUUUCAAGCGCCGCAGUCUCGCCUGGACAAAAAAUUACGAUUCAAACUAUCAGUUUCUCAUAAAACGCAAAAACGCAAGCAUAAGGCGAAAGCGCUACACAUCCUACAGCAGAAGUGUGAGCUACAGUCGCAGCAAUAGUCGUAGCCUUAGUCGCAGUCGCAGCCGCAGCUUGGAGCGCAGUUGCAGCACCGACCGCAGUCGCAGUGGCAGCCAGUCGCCAGAACUCAUUUGUCUAGACGACACCGAAAAUGAGGACUCCCCCGAGAAGCCAGAGGAAGCCAAGGCAGCAAACGUAACUCCCAUUAAAGAGAACAAAGCUAAGAUCAUAAAACCUCCACCAGCAACAGAGCUACAAUUUGAGCAGCAGGAGAAUGAGAAGUCCAACGAAAAUGGUACCUCCGCCGAGCUGGAGGAGUUCCUCAUGAUAAAGGAGCCCAAGCAGCCAAGUCAAACUGGAACUGAGUUGGAUAAGCUCACCGCCAGCUUGGAGCUGGAGCAGGCAGAUACAACUGUGGUGCAGCAGGAUGAUCAGGUGGAGGAGCGACCUAUGGCGGUGGAUGCCACACUCAAGCGGCGACGUUCCGUGACGCCACCAUUAAGCAACGAAAAGCAAAGAAUUCUUGGCGAUGAAGAUGAUACUAUUGAAUUUCUGCCAGCUGUCGCACAGAACUCGGUAGAGGCCACUCCAGUACUCAAAUUGCAGCCUUCGGAGCUGUCACCUAAAGCGGCCGUCGUCGCCCCAACAGUUGAUACCAUCCACAGUCAGCCAUCCUUUAAGCUCAGCUCACCAUACACACUAGCACCUCCUCUCGGACCCAACGCCAAGCAGACCCUCAAUUUGGGCGCACUUUCGGACAGCUUGAACACUCCAACACCGCCAGCUGUGCCCAUGGAGAUCUCCUAUCCAACAGAGAAUCUGCCGCAUAUCACAAAGAGUAACAAUGUGAUAGCUAUGCCAGAGCAGCCGGCUCCAUCAGUUCCAGUAUAUGGUUCUUCCGUAUACGCAUCCCAAUUACGGUGGGCUUCUGCUCCUCAGGCUGCUCAUGCUCCGGUCAGUCUUCAACGCGACGCUUCAGCUCACAAUGAUCCUCCACGAGCUGCCAUCCGACUUCAGAGUGUGGCAUCAGGAUCUGGUCAAGCUCCAAUUGGUACGCAACGAGUUCUACCAGCUCACGUUGGUCCACCUCGAGCCCCUCAACCGCCGACACGAGUUCCACUGCAGGUCAACGUCCCACGAACCUCUGCUCCACUGCAGGUUAACGCCCCACGAACCUCUGCUCCAGUGCAGGCUGAUCCCCCACGACACACUGUUCCACAGCAGGCUGCUACUCCAUUACGACAAACUCAACCACAACAGCAGUCACCAGCGGCUCAAGUGCAGCAAGAACAACCCCAAGUUCCGGUGAAUGCCACCAGCUUUGCGAUGCCGCAACAGCCGCAGCCACGUCGUUCGGAGACGGUAUCCACCCAGACGCAGGCUUCUCAGCCGGAGUCUCGCCAAAAGCCAGCUGCUCCUGAUCUCAAAAACAGUGAUGCCAACUUCCAUUAUCGUUUAAGGGAGUUGUUCACAGAGUUGGACUCGAUCUUUAAGGAUAAAAUUGAUUCGGUGGAUCUAAAUGAAAAGUCUUUAAUCGAUCAAAUCGACGAAGAUGUAAAAACGCUGGACAAACUCUUGGCCGCUAAGGAAGAUGAGUGGAAUCGGCUAUACCACCUCCGUUGCAUGAAGAUAGAGCUUCGUGGACGAGUGGAGCGGAAGAAACGUAUGUCCAUCAUCCAGAAGCUGAUACCCUCGAUGCUUCCCAAAGGCUGCAGCACAGAGGAGUUGUACGGUAUGCAGACGUCGCUGUUUGGGGAAAAUAUUCUCAAACUGGCCUUCAAGUCAGGCCCAACGUCCAUUGAGGAGAUGCUAAAUAAAGUGGAGGUCAACCAGAGCAAUAUCGAAAGACUGCGCGACGUUAUGGGUUUAAAAGAAAAAGCACCAGCUCCAUCUCGUUACCAUUGGGAGAGAGAGGAGAAGCCGCAACAAAAACACAACAAAAGAAACUCUACGCCCCUUCAACAGGCAUUGAUCCGCGAGUACCAGGAUGCGGUAAAAGAGGAACAGUAUCUGGAACGUAACUGUGACUUGCCUCCGGUUAAUAAGAAACCUCGGCUCCUGCGUCCCCAAGAUAGAUACGCUCAUGAGAUGACAAACUCUACGCCCAAUCUGGCCGCCUCCUCCUCCAAAAAUAGUUUGGGUUCAAAAAAUAGUUCACACUGCAAUCAAAUAUCCCCCCUGGACAACUUUUUGGGGAAUGAGUCGCAAAUCAAGCCGCUAUCCAACAGCAGUCCCAUAGUCUCCCAGCGUUAUCUGACCAAAAGACAGUGCGAAGAAUUACAUUCCUCGAACCCAGAAAUGGAUGCCGAACUCUGGGGAGUCUCGGACAUGGCUAAGUUUCUGGAGGAAACGCAGCGCAAGGAUGCAUCCACCACAAAUGGAAAGGAGAAGAAAGUUUGCCAACACUGCCAGGUCUAUGAAGCAGUAUUCGAAUGCACGAGCUGCAGUAAUCAAUGGUACUGCAGCAGUAAGUGCCAGCUGGACGCAUGGGACUCGCAUAUGGAAUAUUGCGGCAAUUAAUUGGAUCAGCAUUACUACGUCUAUACAACUAUAACUAUACCUUCUAGCGUACUCCUCCAUUUACUCAACCUUGUAAGUCAUUCUCAUUUAAAAAAGUUACCACAGGACAUAGAUCGACAUUAUGCGCAUUCACCAUAUAUUUUGUACUUUUACCAAAUCGUCGCUCACAUACAGAUAAAUAAAUCAAAUCCCAUAUGGAAUACAUAA